GCUUUAGUAAAGAUGGCGGCCAUCAGGUGUCUUCGAAGUACAAGUAUUCUUCAUAACAYUUAUCCGCUGAAUUCAAUAGGAUGUUUAUCAUCAUUCGUCCGGACAUUCCACCUUAGUUUACCAGUUCAAGAGGGAAAAUAUCAUUACCUAGAAAGGAAAAGAAAAUUAAGAAAACAACGAGAGCUAGAGCUAAUGGCUAGAUACGAGAGGCUUGAUGAAGAGGAUCGACCAACUGGCUGUGUACUGUGUCCCAAGAGAAUUGACAUUGAUAUUGAUUAUAAGAAUGUAAGACUGUUGUCACAGUUUGUAUCACCACAUACUGGCCGUAUAUAUGGACGUCAAGUAACAGGGUUAUGUAACAAAAGACAGAUGGAAAUCACCAAGACUAUCAAAAGAGCAAGAGCAAUGGGUCUCAUGCCAAUCACUAUGAAAUACCUGGAGUAUCAUAACGAUCCAAAAUUAUUUUGAAUUCAUCUUACAUUUUCAUUGAUAAAACCUCACCCUGUAACAGUAGAACUCAAUAUGUACAUAAUUUAGUCUUUGGUAACUUCAUGUACAAAGAGCUUGUACUGAAUAAACAAAAAAAAAAUAGCCAGUUGUUAAAAUAUGAUUUUUAAUUCUGUACAGCAUGUACUGUCUGAUAUAUUUGGACAGUGACUGCAGUAAAUGCCAUGAAAUAUAAAAACAGAAAAAUAUGAGAUGAAAAAUUCGGAAGAUAUUUUCAGUGGCUUUGAAGUUAUAGAAUUUUGAAACCA